AUGUAUAUAGUGCGAAUCCUCCUAGCAUCCUUAGUGACUACAGCUCGAGCACACAUGUCAUUAUGGUAUCCGCCCCCUCUCGGUGGCAGUAUCGAAGCCAACUCUUUGACAACGCAAGUGGAUAAAGAAUUCAAUUUUCCGAUUGGAUGCUGCGAUUCUCAGGGUGAAACAACAUUAUCCUCUCCUGGCGAUUGUCGUGGUCAUCUUGACCUUCUAGAUACAGAGGAAGGCAGACCGCAAGUAACAUGGGAACCUGGCCAGGACGCUUACUUUGAGUUAUCCGACCACAUGUAUAGUAUCGGUGUUCCAGGAUCAACUCACUAUGGUGGAAGCUGCCAGGUUGGAUUCUCCGUGGACAAAGGUCAGACAUGGAAAGUCGCAGCUUCAUAUCAUGGGAACUGCCCUCACAGAGACAAAAACAUGCCACAAGUCUUUAAAUUCAAGGUCCCUUUAAACAUACCAACAGGUAUCGCAGUCUUUGCUUGGAUCUGGUUGAACCGUGAGCACGAGUUUUUCAUGAACUGUGCAGCGGUUCAGAUUUGCUCGAGCGCUAGGAGUACCACCACGCCCACUCAUACAAGCUUUGAAACUCUCCGUCGCAGGUCAGAAAACCCAGCUUCCGAUGUUUGCGAUUGGAACACCGCACCCAGGAUGGAAACAAGCUACUAUUCUGUAGAUGCAAGAUGUGCACCUAACGCUAAGCUGAAGAACCCAAAGAGUGAUGACUUUGAAAUUGGCUGGGUCAAUGUCUGCGGCGUCGUUGAGGGAGACCAAAAGUACACUAUUCAGAACAUUGAGUGUUAGGGAUAGAGUCCUAGCAGGCUUAUGAAGAUCCUG